CGACUGUUGUUUAGCCGAAGUUUAGACGUGUUUUUUUUAUGCAGGCAGUAGGUAGGCUUUGCACAUUCUUAUUCGUAGUUAAGUCCUUAGUUUUAUGUGAAAAGAAUCAAUUACUCAAAGUGCAAGCGAACGGCUGGCCAAAGAGCGAUAACGUGCACGGAUUUGCUAAAAAAAAAACCUAAGAACACAAAUCAGUAGCUGCUUGAGGCCAUACAAAAAGUCGCUUAAAUGUCACAACACAACAAAAAGGACACAGUCAGCCAUGCGAGUAGCACACGCCAGCGCAAGCAGCAGCAGCAGCAGGACGAAGGCAACAUCAACAGCAACAGCAACAACAGCAGCAUCGGCAGCAACAAGAGCCAAAAAAAACUGUCGCCCAAUGGUAGCGCUACCAAGGGCAACAGCAGCAAUACCAACACCAACAGCAACAGCAGCAACAGCAACACCUCAUUUAGCAGCAGCAACAACAGCAGCAACAGCAACAAAUUGCAGACACACACGAAGCCGAACAGCGGCGGCAGCCAUAGAAUGCAGUUAAGCAAAAAGGAUAAACAGCAAAAGGACAAAGAGCGGAUCGAGCGUGCACAGCUCGUCCUCUGGCGUCGACCCAUGCAAACGUCCAAAUAUUGUGCACUCGAACUGAUUGCACUGCUCCGCUCAUGGAGCAGCAGUUUAAUGAAGCAACGCAGCAUGCUGGCUGUGUUAAUAGUAAUAGGUAUUGUAUUUAGCAUAAUUUACAAAAUUGAUGGACCCCAUCAGCUGAUCAUUGAGCUGGUGCGUCGGAACACCUGGUUCUUUGUCUACUGGCUCGGACUCGGCGUCCUCUCAUCUGUUGGCCUCGGCACCGGGCUGCAUACGUUUCUAUUGUAUCUGGGACCGCAUAUAGCCAGCGUCACACUCGCCGGCUACGAGUGCAAUUCACUUGACUUUCCACAGCCACCCUAUCCCGACGACAUCAUCUGUCCGGAGGAGCCGUAUUUGAAGCGCAUGCCGAACAUCUGGUCGAUCAUGUCAAAGGUGCGUCUGGAGGCAUUCCUUUGGGGCGCUGGCACCGCCCUCGGUGAACUGCCGCCGUAUUUUAUGGCCAAGGCGGCACGUUUGUCCGGCUACGAUCCGGACGAUGCCGAGGAGUUGGCCGAGUUUGAGGCACUCAAUGCCAAGCGGCAUCAGAAGAACCUCAGCCUGAUGGACAAGGGCAAGCUGUUCAUGGAGCGCGUCGUCGAGCGUGUCGGCUUCUUUGGCAUAUUGGCCUGUGCAAGCAUUCCCAAUCCACUGUUCGAUUUGGCGGGCAUCACUUGCGGACAUUUCCUGGUGCCAUUCUGGACGUUCUUUGGCGCCACACUAAUUGGCAAAGCGAUCAUCAAGAUGCAUAUACAGAAGAUCUUUGUGAUCAUUGCGUUCAAUGAGACGCUCAUCGAGCGCGCCGUCGAUCUUCUCGCAACGGUGCCGGUUUUUGGCCGGAAGCUGCAGCAGCCGUUUAAGGCAUUCCUCGAGAAUCAGAAGCAGCGAUUGCAUCGACAGCAGCGCGGACGCAAUGCCAAUGCUGGCGCUGGUGCCGAUUCCGGCAAUCUAAUCUCCAAGAUCUUUGAGACCUUUGUCAUUGGCAUGGUCUGCUAUUUCGUUGUCUCCAUUGUCAAUUCGCUCGCACAGAGCUAUCACAAGCGGCUGCACAAGAAACACCGCAAUGUGGCAGUGCCGGCACCUGCCACGCCCACAGUCAGUGGCGGCGGCAUGAAGAAACAUAACAAGCAGAAAGCGCUGCGCGAAUAGGCAUCAACUGCCACGCCCACUUUGCAAAAUUCCUUUGUUUUUAAAUUUUUUGCGUUUGUGUUAGUCAAAUUUUUACAAAAGUUUUUGAUUUCUUUAAUUUUUGGGGGUCUUUACUUUAAUUUUAAAUUCUGAAUCGAGUCGAGUUAUAAGUUAAAAUUAUGCUAUAUAAAAAUACUGAUUUAUUUUGUACAAGUACACAUAUUGUUUGUGCUAGCGAUUGAAAGAGUAAGAGAGAUAGAGAGAGAGAGAGAGAGUGAGAUAGAGAGAGAGAGAGAGAGUGAGAUAGAGAGAGAGAGUGAGAUAGAGAGAGAGAGAGAGAUAGCUAUAAUGCUACGCUUGGAAUGACCGUAGUGGAAACCUAGAAUAGACUAGUUAAAAAACGUAAAAUUAAUAUAUAAAAUACAAAAUUCAAAAAUUAACUGAAA